UCAGAAAACAAAAACAAAAGGCACAAAAGGAAUAUUAUCCCAAUUUCACAACCAUGACCGACCAUGCACAGGAGCAGGAGAUGGAAAUUGAAGCCUUAGAAGCAAUACUUAUGGAUGAAUUCAAAGAAAUUCACUCCACGGAGAGUGGACUAAGCAUUUCGAAUAGAUGCUUCCAAAUAACAAUAUCUCCUCAGGUGCGUUUUAUCAGAGACAUAAAGUUAUCUACCAUUCUGGUUAUGCCAUCGCUUCUUCUUCUUGUGUUUAAAAAUACAGAAAAAUAUCCAGACGAGCCUCCAAUCCUUAAUGUAAAAAGUAUACGGGGAAUACAACCCAGUGACCUGAAAGCUUUGAAGGAAAAGCUUGAGCAGGAGGCAUCUGAAAAUCUUGGAAUGGCUAUGAUUUACACUUUGGUUACAUCAGCCAAGGAAUGGCUAUCUGGAAGAUAUUGCCAAGAUGCUGAUGCUGAUGCUGACAAUGCUGAAGAAGAGGAGGCAAGAAAAGAUGAGGUAAUUGUUCCACAUGGAGAACCUGUUACCAUUGAUACAUUUUCAGCAUGGAGAGAAAGGUUUGAAGCAGAGUUGGCACUAGAGCGAGCCAAACUAAUGCCUGAGUCUGCUCUCACGGUACCCAAAGAGAAGAAGCUCACAGGCAGGCAGUGGUUUGAAAGUGGAAGAGCUAGUGCGAAAGGUGCAGCUGCUAUCAAAGAAGAAUAUGAUGAGGAAGAGGAGGAAGAUGUUGAUUUGGAUGAUGAUGAUUUCGAAGACGAUGAAGAAGACAUGCUUGAGCACUAUCUGGCUGAGAAGUCAGAUUCUUCAUCUCUCUUUUCAAAGAGAACUGCCUAAGAGAAAAAGUUUCUCCCGAUUGAAAAUUCAAUACUUUGUUGGAGCAAUUCCUGGCAUUGG